GGCCCUUUAUGCUGGCGGCUGCCGCUCCUGCCAGGCUCCUUCCUUCCUUCCUUCCUCCCUCCGUCCCUCCUGCCUGCGGGGCGCCGCUGCCCGGGGGCCAUGGCGGGGGCGCCGGGCGGGCCGUAGGUGUGGAGUUCAGGCCGCUAGUGAUGGUAACAAUGUUCCCUCUGUUUUCUUGAGAAGGGACAAAGUGAACAGUUGCUUCAGCUCUUGACUUUCAUCGAUUAAUCAUAGAGUUCAGUGUUUCACUCAUAGAGUUCAGAGUGUCUCACUACUUAAUUUCAACAGAGCCUAUCCAACACAAGACUCAUGUGAGCUUGCCACAUCCUGCCUAAUGGUAACAGCUCAUACUUUCACUUCUGUAAGAGAAGAGAUUUGGAUUCUUCCUAGUGGCAGUGAUGCUACCCACUCACUGAGUUUCCAUGGGAUACAGGUCAUACCACUGGACUGCAUUUGGGUAAAGGAUGAGUUCACUUUUUCUCUGAGGAGUCUUCCAACACAGUUUCCAAAUUACAUUUUAAUGGUGGUCUAAGUGAGCUUAUGUGAGACAAAUAGUAUUGGAUCAUGAGUGAAGAAAAAAACUUCGGUGCAUCCCAGAAAAUGUUGUCUCCUUCAAGAAGUACUAGCAGUUGCUCCUCCAAGCAGGGAAGUCGACAGGACAGCUGGGAAAUUGUAGAAGGACUCCGGGGAGCAAUGAAUUGUACCCAGGAGCCACAGAAGCAGGAGGGCUGCUUGCUGAAAAAGAGGAAAUGGCCUCUGAAAGGCUGGCACAAGAGAUACUUCUUUUUGGACAGAGGGAUUUUGAAGUAUUCUAAAUGCCGAGCUGAUAUAGAGAGAGGAAAACUUCAUGGCUGUAUUGAUGUUGGACUUUCUGUCAUGUCUGUAAAGAAAUCAACAAAAUGUAUAGAUUUGGAUACAGAGGAGCAGAUAUACCACCUGAAGGUGAAGUCUCAGGAGCUGUUUGAUGAAUGGGUAGCAAAACUUCGCCAUCACAGAAUGUACCGUCAGAAUGAAAUCUCCAUGUUUCCUCAUGACACCAAUAAUAUUUUCUUCCCUGUGUCUACUACUACGGACUCUGCCCCUGGUUUCUGUGAUUCUACUCCAGGUAGAAAGGCAGGCAGCUUGACCAAACAGAGUUCAACGUCAACUGGAGGUAAUUUGUCAUUUUCUUUUUCGAGUAAUGAGUCCAGGAUUUCGUCUUGGCUACAGUCUUCUGAAGACAUGGAAAAAUGCUCAAGAGACCUCUCCAACUGUCACACAUAUUUACUGGAAAUGAACCAGUUGUUACAGAGCAUGGAUGUUCUUCACAGGACAUAUUCAGCGCCUGCUAUAAAUGCUAUGCAGGUUGGACCUUUUGAAAGCCCAAAGAAGGAAAAGAGAACGCAUAGAAGGUGGCGAUCCAGAGUUGUUGGGAAAGAGGCUAAAGGAAUGUUACAGGUGCCUUCAGUAUUUUCUGCCCCUAUGAGACUGCAUGCUUCCAAUCCAAACUUAUCUACAAUAGAUUUUGUAGAGGAAAAAAAUUACUCUGAUGGCUCUGAAACAUCAUCGGAAUUUACUAAAAUGCAAGAGGAUUUAUUUCACAUUGCACAUAAAGUUUACUUCACCUUGAGGUCAGCUUUCAGCACCAUAUCAACAGAGAGAGAAAAGCUGAAGCAGAUGCUGGAGUACGAUGCAUCUUCAUCUCCAUCUGCACAAAUAGUGGGCUUGAAGAAUGCCUUAACAUCUGCAAUAGCACAAAACACAGAUCUUAAAGACCGGUUACGCAGAAUACAUGCCGAAUCUAAGAUCAUUGAUUCAGCAUCUAAUGCAAAAGCAAGCCCAGAUUUGGUGAAGGAAAAUUCAAGGGAAGAAGGCAGAGGUCUGGUUCACCAGGUCUCCAAUGAAAGCAGACUGUCUAUCGCUGACUCUCUCACGGAAUUUUUUGAUGCACAGGAAGUCCUGCUGUCUGCUAGUUCUUCAGAAAAUGAGGUAUCAGAUGAUGACUCAUAUGUAAGUGAUAUCAGUGAUAAUGUCUCAGAAGAUAACCUAAGCAAUGACAUGGAGAAUGAAAGACAAACUUUAGAUUGUAUUUCUGAAAGCGGAAUUGGAUGCAAUUCUAAACGGAGAACAUGUUUACCGGCUCCAUGUCCUAACACAAGUAACAUCAGCCUAUGGAAUAUCCUGAGGAAUAACAUAGGAAAGGAUCUCUCCAAAGUGGCCAUGCCCGUUGAGUUAAAUGAGCCACUAAACACCCUGCAGCGCCUCUGCGAGGAGCUGGAGUACAGCGAGCUCCUGGAUAAAGCAGCGCACACACCAAACCCCUUUGAGCGGAUGGUAUACAUAGCUGCCUUUGCAGUCUCUGCCUAUGCAUCCAGUUACUACCGAGCUGGAAGUAAGCCAUUUAAUCCUGUGCUGGGAGAAACCUACGAAUGUAUUCGUGAAGAUAAGGGUUUCCAGUUCUUUGCAGAACAGGUCAGUCACCACCCACCUAUUUCUGCAUGCCAUGCUGAAUCUGUGAAUUUUGCUUUUUGGCAAGAUGUCAGAUGGAAAAACAAAUUCUGGGGAAAGUCCAUGGAAAUUGUUCCAGUUGGCACAACGCACGUAACUCUUCCAGCUUUUAAAGACCAUUUUGCAUGGAACAAGGUGACAUCCUGCAUCCAUAACAUCUUAAGUGGGCAAAGAUGGAUUGAACACUACGGAGAGAUCAUCAUAAAAAAUCUUAAUGAUGACACGUGCCACUGCAAACUGACAUUCAUAAAGGCAAAGUAUUGGAAUCCAAAUGCACAUGAGAUUGAAGGCAGUGUCAUGGAUAAAUCUGGGAAAGUUGUGCAUCGACUCUUUGGGAAGUGGCAUGAAAGCUUGUACUGUGGGACAACGUCAUCUUCAAACUGCAUAUGGAGAGCAAAUCCAAUGCCUAAAGAUUAUGAACAGUGGUAUGGAUUUACACAAUUUGCACUGGAGUUAAAUGAACUGGACCCACAAACUAGGUCAUUACUCCCAUCCACUGAUACACGUUUUAGGCCAGACCAAAGGUUUCUAGAAGAAGGGAAUAUUGAAGGAGCUGAAAUACAGAAGCAGAGGAUCGAGCAGCUACAGAGAGAACGACGGAAAGUGCUAGAAGAAAACAAUCUAGAGCAUCAGCCUAGAUUUUUCAGGAAAUCCAGCGACGACUCCUGGGUGAGCAAUGGAACCUACAUGGACCUUAGAAAAGAACCUGGUUUUUUCAAACUGGACAAUCCUGUCCUCUGGUGAAAGAGGAGCUAAGUGAAGACAUUCUGUGCUGUAUUCUUGAAUCUGAUUUAAAAAGCAUAUAUAUAAAAUAUAACUAUAUAUCUAUAUCUAUAUAUACACACACAUACAGAAUAUGUGUGUGGUGUGUGCAAAUGUGCAUAUCUACAGAAUUGUGCUUAAUUUAGAAUCAGAUAAUUAAUUUCCUUUAUUCAAUUAUUGCAGUGAUUGUUUGAAUGUAUAAAUAUCCUAACUUCUUUUUAUAAAAUAUUUAAUAAAUAGUACUGAAUGUUAACAGAUGGAAAAGAGAGGAGCUUUUACACUACUUUUUCAAUGUGUAAUAACAUCAGUCCUGAGUUAAAUUAUGCCUUACUGAAUUGCAUUGUAGACAGUAGCAUCAGCAUCUCCUAGCUGUGCUGAGGAAGAGUGCAAGCCUUAGUAACUCCUACUGUAGGUAGGCUUUCACAGUGCAAUGAGCCGUUCAGCUGUCUCUAGGCUGGUAUAAAUUGCUAAAACAGAUUAUCAGCUGGUGCUGGGAUCUGACUAUGAUCUUUUGCCGUCUGUAGGAAAGAUUUAAGUAAGCUUUUGUUUCUGUUAACUUUCUUCUUAGCUUUAUGGAAGAGGUGGUUCUGGGCUUACGUCGGUGGUUCUACUGCCUUAUACAGAAACAGUACCCAGUUAAAUGCAGUGCUAGAAAGUCAGGAAUCGCCAAAAUUUUCCACUGGGAAAAAAUUUCCCUUCCAAUUUAUAGCCCCCAACAGGGCAAGAAGAGGAGAUCGUUUGUAUAUACUGCCUGAGCAGUGACUAGAUGAAGAAGCUCUCUCUUUUUCCAGUAAGUGAAAUCUUAUACAGAGCACGAAAUCCUGUGCUUCCAUAGCUUCAUUUGUUUUUAUUCAAUUAAAAAUUGCAACAGUAAGACUUUUUAAAAAGUAAGCAAACUGGUUGUUUUAAGCUAGAAAUUUUUUCCUAGUAUUUUGAUAUUUUCUACCUCUUAAGAAAUAACAUAUUUAUGAUCUUAUAUUUAAAAAAUUACCAUCUGCCUUAUGGAGAAGUGUAUGGAGUCUUUGAUCUUCCUCUUGUUUGUUUGUUAAGUUCAGAUAAAUAUUUGAAUGUCUUGCACUAAAUCAAUUGCAUCCCUUUCCUGUAAUUUUAUAUGUGUGGUUCGAUUCGUAGAGCUACUAAACCAUAGGUCAGAAAUUUAGCAGGAAACAAAUGUAGCAGAAGCCUCACUUUUGAAUGAAGAUUAUAGAGAUGGAAAGUAUUUUUAGUUUUUUUCCAUCAAAUCACGAUGCCAUAAUCAUUAACAGAAUAAUUUGCAUUCCCACAAAUCUGCAAGUCAAGCCUGAUCCAUGAUUCUUCAGAUCUGUUCUGUGAGUCUGCAACUCUCUGGCAGCAAUGCAAUUUUCCACGUGAUAGAUUUGUAUCCUAUCACCAC